AUGACUUCUAAAGCUGCAUCUGUGUAUGAAAAAGCAAAAAAGAAACGAGCUACUAUUCGCGCUGUAACAACUAAGAUACUGAAUAAAAUUUCUGAGCAGUUAAAUAAUGAAGAUGUUAUUGUGGAAGAUUUAAGCACAUUCAAGCUGCAAUUAAAUAGUAAGCUAAAUCAAAUUCAAGUCGCUGAUGCAGAAGUUGAAAACUUAAUCGAAGAUAUGGAUGAAUUCGAAAAUGAAAUAGAAGCUAGCCAAGAAUAUUCAGAUAAAAUUCUAAAUCUUCAGUUCGAUAUUGAAAGCAGAAUUGAAAAAAUUAAGCUUGACUUUGAGAAAGAUAAUCGGUCUACAUUACCAUCGCGAAGUGGACCUUUUCAAACAAGUACGAGCAUAAAUUUGCCUAAAUUCGAUCUUCCAGCAUUUAACGGAAAUGUUGGAUUCUCUCAGAAAAGGUUAUCGUCCAAGUUAUAUGAAGGUACAGAAAAUACCAAAUUGAGUCACCAUUCCAGUGUAAAAAUUGAUGAAGUUCUUCAGAAAUUCUGGGAAUUGGAAUCAAUUCCUCAGAAAGAAAAGUUAAGCAUUCAAGACGCAAACUGUGACAAGUUUUACUCAGAAACUACAACUAGAGAUGACACUGGAAGAUAUGAAGUCAAACUGCCAUUCAAGGAAGAACCAAGUCUUGGAAAUUCGAGAGAUCAAGCGGUUGCACGAUUUCUGUCGUUGGAAAGGAAACUAAUCCAAAAUCCUAGCAUGUAUGAUCAAUACAAGAAUUUCAUGAGGGAAUAUUUAUCCUUAAACCACAUGGAAUUAGUGCAAGCAGAAGAGAUCAUAGUAGAAGAUCGCAAGUGUUUUUAUAUGCCACACCACGGAGUAAUUAGAGAACAUAGCAGCACCACAAAAUUAAGAGUUGUGUUCGACGCAUCAGCUAAAUCAUCAACGAACAUCUCGCUAAAUGAUGUUUUGCAUGCUGGACCCAAACUCCAGACUGAUCUAUUUUAUAUUCUAUUAAAUUUCAGAAUACACUCCAUAGCUCUUGCGGCUGAUAUCGAAAAAAUGUUCCGACAAAUUCUUGUCUCACAUUCAGAUUCUGAUUUUCAGAAAAUUAUUUGGCGAGAAAAUCCCGAUCAAAAGAUUGAAGACUAUAGAUUGAAGACAGUGACUUACGGAACUGCUUGCGCACCGUAUUUAGCCAUAAGAACUAUUAAAAAACUUGCUGAAGAUGAAGAGAUGAAUUUUCCUAAAGCCUCAAAAGUUAUCGACAAGGACUUUUACGUAGAUGAUCUAUUAACAGGAGCCGAUUCAAUUCAGGAAGCUGAAAAUCUCAUGAGUGAUUUAAUUAAUCUAAUGAGAAGAGGUGGAUUCACUCUUCGAAAAUGGAUAUCAAAUGAACAUAGUAUUCUUUCAAAAUUACCUCCUGAACUAAAAGGAACAGAACAGUCUAUAAAUAUUGCUGAAGAUCAGUCAGUGAAACUUCUUGGCAUUCAGUGGGAUCCAAAUCAAGACACAUUUGCGAUUCAUUUAAAUCCAGCUCAAGAAGUCACCACAAAACGAAAUUAUGGUUAUGCAAGUCAAAAUGGGAUGAUCCACUCCCAGACAGUAUCCUUAAAGAAUGGACAAGUUUUGCUUCACAGCUUCCGAUACUUGAAAAUAUUCAAAUGCCACGACAUUUCUUCAUCCAAAAUUCUGCUGUAA